AUGUCAGGAGAGGAGGAAGAACUGCGUGCGUUGCGAAGUGAUCCAGCUCCACCUAAAGCGCAUCGCCCAGAGAGUCUGACGUUUUCCACCGACACACCUUCUGACGGUAGGGUCUUGUGGAGACGAGUACUUGAUGGGUGUUCACCAACGCGUAGAUUGCCGAUACUCACGUGGAUUCGGAGGUAUGAAGCUGAAGAUGCCCUGUCGGACCUGAUCGCGGGCAUCACCCUCGGACUUACGAUGAUCCCGCAGAGCAUUGCGUACGCCACAAUUGCAGGAUUGCCGUCACAGUACGGUUUGUAUGCCGCCUUUAUGGGUUCGCUGGUGUACGUGUUUUUCGGUACAGUGCGUGAGGUGUCUAUCGGUCCUACCAGCCUGAUGUCACUCUUAACUCUCGAGUACACCUCUGGACGACCUCCUCAGUACGUGGUGGCAUUGGCGUUUGCUUCUGGGAUCGUUGAGCUGGCGAUGGGUGCUUUCCGACUUGGUGGACUCGUUUGUCUCAUCUCAGUUCCCGUUACUUCCGCCUUCACGUCUGCAACCGCACUGAUAAUCAUCGCCGCACAAGCUGGCAAUCUGUUGGGGUUGUCUGGAGGUGGUGGUGGGUUCUUCACUACCUUGUGGAGUGUGUUUCGAAAACUUCCAGAGUCCACUCCCGGUGAUACCACACUCGGGGUCGUCUGCAUAGUACUGCUGGUUGCUCUCCAACACCUGCCACGGUUAGUACCGUCCAAUCGCCAUCGUAGUCUGCACCGAUUGCUCUGGUACGUGUCACUAAGUCGAAAUGCCCUGAUCGUGCUAAUGGCAGCGUUGCUAGCACGCCAUUUAGCUGCGACUCCGGCUGGCUGUCCGUUCCGUCUAUCAGGUCGUGUAGAACCAGGAAUUCCCGGCUUCCAAUGGCCUGCACAGGACAUCAUCGUCGGCAACACAACCGUUCCUUUCCCACAGGUGAUUCGUGAACUCGGAAGUGGUCUACUUCUGCUGCCACUGGUUGCUGUUUUAGCCAAUGUCGCGAUCGCAAAGGCAUUCGCUAACGAUGGAGUCGUGGACGCAACACAAGAGUUGUUCGCACUUGGACUUUGUAAUGUACUUGGAUCGUGUUUUCGAGCAAUGCCCACGACAGGAGCCUUCACGAGAUCAGCCGUCAGCCACGCGAGCGGUGUUCGAACACCUUUAGCCGGCCUCUACUCUGCUCUACUCACUCUUCUAGCUCUCGGUGUUCUUACACCGCACUUUCGCUUCAUUCCUCGGGCAACUUUGGCCGCAGUGUUGAUGACUGCCGUUGCUCCUAUGAUCGAUCUGGCUUUGGUACGUCGCCUCACUCGUCUACCUGCCACUCGAGCUGAUCUACUAUCAUGGGUGGUGUGCUUCGGUGUGUGUCUAACUUGGGGUGUUGAGGUAGGGCUACUUUGUGGGAUGGCCACUAGCCUCAUUGAGCCACUGCGGCACUGGAUGUUACCUCAAGCCGAUCGCACUACUAUUUCUGGACCAGGACUAGCUCACCGACGCAUCAGACCGAAUCCGGGCCUUCUCUACCCAGGUGCUGAUCGCCUUCGAACUCUCGUUUUAGCUGAAGCACGUCACUCUGACGCCCUUCCACUCGUUCUUGACUGUGAACGGCUCGUCGCCCUCGAUCACAGUGCCGCUAAAGCCCUUCGGGAGUUGGCCGGAGAGGUAGAACGGUGUGGCACUCGACUCCUUCUUCGCAACGUUCAACCAAGCUGGAUUCAAGCGCUAAAGCUCCACGAAACCGACGACGGGUUAGUGUUCGAGCAGAGCGCAUAA